AUGGCUAGAACUCAGGAGUCAGGGCUAAGUAUAAACACUUUGAAAAAAAAAGCUUUUACGUACGUGGCCAGCGAGACGGGCAGUGGCAGCGAGUGCGAGGGUUGGCCCCGGCGCGUGGUGUCGGCGCUGCAGCCCACGGGCGCGCUGCACGUCGGCAACUACUUCGGCGCGGUGCGGCGCUGCGUGCGGCUGCAGCAGCGCGGCGACGACCUCGUGCUGUUCAUCGCCGACCUGCACGCGCACACCACGCCGCAGGAGCCCGCGCUGCUGCAGCGGCGCAGCCUGGAGGCGGCGGCGUGCCUGCUGGCCAGCGGCGUGGACGCGCAGCGCGGCGUGCUGUUCGCGCAGUCGGCCGUGCCGGCGCACGCGCGCCUGUGCUGGCUGCUGGCGUGCCUGGCCACGCAGGCGCGCCUGCAGCACCUGCCGCAGUACCGCGAGCGCGCGGCCGCGGGCGACGCGCCGCUGGGCGUGCUGCUGUACCCCGUGCUGCAGGCGGCCGACGUGCUGCUGUACCGCGCCACGCACGUGCCGGUGGGCGCCGACCAGCUGCAGCACCUGCAGCUCGCGGCGCAGCUCGUCAAGACCUUCCACCACCGCUUCGGCCGCAUGUUCCCUACGCCCAGGCCCCUCCUGCCCGGUGAGCGCGCACUCCUGCCCGCACGAUGGACAAACACAUCUAUUUCCACAUAG